CUGACAUGCGUCUCUGUGUGUCUCUGUCCCCAUGGCAACGCCAGCCGCCUGCCUGCCUGCCUGCCUGAGCAUGGCGCUCCGUGACAUGGUGGACUUGGACUCCGGCCUGCAAGGCCAGGACUGGGGGGCCCUCAACCCGGAGCAGCAGAUCAAACUCUCCCACUUCAAGAUAAACACCAGGAUCGCUAACGAGAAAUACCUUCGUGCGCACAAGGAAGUGGAAAUGCUGCUGUCAGGAUUUCUCAGGGAAGUUCUGCUGCAAAGACCAAAUAAUAUUCGGGAGUUUGCUGCUGACUACUUCACCAACCCGGAACUCCCCAAGAAGAUCAAGCAGCAGAUGAUGGAGAAACUCAACGAGGCUGUCUAAGCGACGCCUCGCACUCAGGCCCCUCUCGGAGGACGCAAACUCUUCGCCUUUGGACUUCCCAUCACAAAUGAACAGACCUUCCCCUGGAAAUGGGUUGUUUGCGACUCGCUUCUGCUCAAGAGAACCUCUGAAACCAACGUCCACCAACUUCAGUGGGUCUCCUCAGAGCAGGAGUGUGGAGCGGACAACCCAACUCUCUUACUCUUUGGUGUUUUAAUUUAACCUCUUCUCCUCCGGGUCCGGAGGGGAGAGAAUAAAACUGGACUUCCAAAACAA